AUGUUCGAUAAAUAUUGUGUACCAAUAACAAUUAGCAGUCAGAAAUGCCAGCAACGUAUACAGAAAGAAAUAUUAGCUACAAAGAUAGAAUUUGGUCUGGCAUUAUUGCAAAGCUUCGUUUGUAUAACCGUCCUUAUUCCCGUUGAAGGAAGCGAGAAAUAUACGUUCAAUUACAUGUUUACAAAAAUGUACAUAAAGCCAUCGUUACAACCAGCCUGGCUGAUAUUUUUUCACACUUGCCUUUAUACUUUGGUUUACUUUGCUACACAUUUACCAACAGUUAUUAUGACAACUAACGAUAAAACGAGGUUCCAGUAUUUAAUUCUGAACGAACGUAUUCGAAAUUUAAAAGAUGAGUUAAAUCCUGAAUUACGCUACCACAAAAUAGUCGCGUGCGUUCGCCACCAUAUUAAUUUAAGAAAAUUUGUUCAUUACAUAGAAGAGGUAUUUUCGAAUAUUUUAUUUUUAGAAUUCUUUAAAAGUGUUAUUGAAAUUUGUUUUACUGGAUUUGAAUUGACUGUGAGUACAGAAGUUGAAGAUGCCUGCUAUAUGUUUAACUGGGACGAAAGUUCUAAAACGGUACAAAAAAUGUUGCUGAUUAUGAUGAUAAGAGCUCACAAACCGCUGGCAGUCAAAGCAGUAUUUUUAAAGUUAUCUAUGGCUACUUUAACGGCAAUUUUAAGAUCUUCUUAUUCAUAUGCAGCUGUUUUGAGAUCAUUUUAUACAUAA